UUUGUCUACACAAAACAUAAGCUUACAUCAUCGCAAUGGACUAAGACCAAUUCAAAUGUAAAGAAGAAAAUAAAAACCCUAAUUUUCCAAUACAAUAUCUGGGGAUACAGAGACGGGAAUAACAGAGAGGUUACCAUCUCCAAUCUUGAGUUCGGCAGCGUUCUCUUCUUCUUCUCCGGACAUGGCUGAAGCUGAGGAGAAAAUGAUACUUGAGCCUAUGCGUCGGCUUCAAUAGAACGGCAGCCUCCAUCUCUCGAGCUUCUUCCUUCUGAAAAAUCAACUGUUAAUUGAUUUCGUGAAAAACAUCAACAAAGAGAUUCCCGAAGAGAGAGACGGGGGAAAAUUUAUUACCCAAUGACACGUAAGGGUUCUAACCAAUUCUAAAAAAGCCAUAUUAAGCAGCGGUUCUAUGUUUUUAUCUUAUUUUUGAUUUAUUUUUUUUGUCUUUUUUUCUUAGAACCCCUUUCUACAACCUCCGAUGGAGGUGGUCUUAGUUCUUACCCUUAUUAAAUGUGAAAAAAAAACAUUCUUCUUAUUCUUUCCAUCUUUUUCUGUGCCUUCGGUUCUCAACUAAACUCAUUUAAUCUAGCACACAAUCUAUAAUAUUAUACUAUAGUUAUAAAUUAUUACACAUAUAAUAUAUGGUAAUAUAAAUGAGAUAAAUAACUGAGUCAUUUAAUGGUUUUAUCACUAAAUGGUACUACUAUCUUCUUCCCCUUGCCCUCUCCCAUAUACUCUCAUAAUUUUAUUAAAUCCUUUGACUUCAGAAUCUGAACAUUCUUUAAUUUAUCUCCAAACGAAUUGUUUCCACUGAUAGAAACUUAGCCAAAUUUUCAAAUCCCAUUCAAUUAGUAUACACUCUCUCAACAGCCUCCAUUAAUGAGGGUUGCUGCUUCUGAUGGCUAGCAGUAACAGUUUUUAUUUUCCUCCACUUGUUUUUUCUUCUUAAUGCCGUCUUCUCUCUAUAUAUAUUUUCCCAAGAAAGCCAUAUCCUUUUGUAUUAAACUUUGAUUUAAUCUCAAACUCUAGUUUCGGAGACACCAUUCAAAUUCCUUAACUUUCCUGGAAAAAGAAACAACCAUUUCAUUUCCAUAUUAAUCAAUCACAACCUCCAAUUACUAUUUCAAGAGAGAGGAAAAUCAAGUUGACCCUUUGGCCUCAGAUAUGGAUGUAUCCAAUACGAUGCUGAUUGUAGCGAUCGCUGCAGCUUACUGGCUAUGGUUCAAGCGGAUCUCACGGUGGCUAAAGGGUCCACGUGUCUGGCCGAUACUGGGCAGUCUUCCGGGUCUGAUCGAGCAGCGUGACCGUAUGCAUGACUGGAUCACUGAGAACCUCCGUGCGUGUGGCGGUACGUAUCAGACAUGUAUCUGUGCAGUGCCUUUCUUGGCCAAGAAGCAAGGACUCGUGACGGUCACUUGCGACCCCAAGAACAUUGAACACAUGCUCAAGACCCGCUUCGAUAACUAUCCUAAAGGUCCCGCGUGGCAAGCCGUUUUCCAUGACUUCCUCGGCCAAGGCAUCUUCAACGCUGACGGCGACACCUGGCUCUUCCAGCGCAAAACCGCCGCUCUUGAAUUUACCACCAGGACGCUGAGGCAAGCCAUGGGUAGGUGGGUAAACCGGGGAAUCAAGCUCAGGUUCUGUCCGAUUCUUGAAACGGCUCAGAUCAAAUGCGAGCCGGUCGACCUCCAAGACUUGGUUCUACGCCUCACAUUCGACAACAUUUGCGGUUUAGCGUUUGGAAAGGACACUCGAACCUGUGCGCCAGGACUUCCCGAGAAUGGAUUCGCUUCGGCUUUUGACCGAGCCACCGAAGCUUCUCUGCAGCGGUUUAUUCUGCCGGAAUUCCUGUGGAAGCUCAAGAAAUGGCUGGGGCUCGGCUUAGAAGUCAGCUUGAACCGGAGCUUGGGAGAGAUUGAUGGGUAUUUAGAUGCAGUCAUUAAUACACGUAAGCAAGAACUGCUGAGUCAGCAAGAGAGUGGGGUCCAGGGACACGACGAUCUCCUCUCCCGUUUUAUGAAGAAGAAAGAUCAGAAAGGUCAGUCUUACAGCGAGGGUUUCCUGCGGCACGUGGCGCUUAAUUUCAUACUCGCUGGUCGUGACACGUCAUCAGUAGCACUGAGCUGGUUUUUCUGGCUCGUCACGACGCAUCCAACGGUGGAGGAUAAGAUCGUGCGCGAGAUAUGCUCCGUUCUGAUCGAGACGCGUGGAACCGACGUCUCGUCGUGGACGGAGGAGCCCUUAGGAUUCGAUGAGGUGGAUCGAUUGGUUUACCUCAAGGCGGCGCUCUCGGAGACGCUCAGGCUUUACCCAUCGGUGCCGGAGGACUCGAAGCACGUCGUGAACGACGAUAUUCUGCCGGACGGAACCUUCGUACCGGCGGGAUCGUCGGUGACGUAUUCGAUAUACGCGGCGGGGAGGAUGAAGACGACGUGGGGAGAGGAUUGCCUGGAAUUCAAGCCGGAGAGGUGGAUCUCGCCGGACGAUGGGAAGUUCGUGAACCACGACCAGUAUAGAUUCGUGGCGUUUAACGCCGGACCAAGGAUAUGUCUGGGGAAGGAUCUAGCGUAUCUCCAGAUGAAAACGAUAGCUGGGGCGGUUUUACUCAGGCACAGACUGACGGUGGCGGCGGGACACAAGGUGGAGCAGAAGAUGUCGUUGACUUUGUUCAUGAAGAACGGACUUAUGGUAAACGUGCACAAGAGAGAUUUGGAAGGCAUCAUGAAGAGUCUCAUAACCAAGGAGAGUAACGACGUCAUUGUCCUCAAAAAAUGCAACGGCGUAAUUGGCGAAGGCAUUUCCGUUAAUGCAGCUGUGGCUGUCGCGGUGUAGGCAGAUAGUAUCACAAGCUUAUCGGGUUUAUCAUUGAUAUUCUUUAUACUAUUUACUAAAUACAUACAUUUUCGUCGGGGUUUUGUGAUUGUGAGGUGGUAAAACUCAAAGAAAUUGGUUUGGUUGUGUGAUAUGAAACUUGUCACUUGUUAUAAUCAAAACAAAGGUAAUGGUGUGGUUACUUUUGUUUUCUUUUCUCUUUUGUAAAAGCUUUUUACAUUAUAACUGUUGUUCUUCCCACCAAGAAUAGCAAAUCAUUUAGCAUUAAUUAUGAUCUCAUGACUAUCACAGAAGAACCGAACUGAACAGAAAAACGAAGUUUGGUUCGGAUUUGGAUUUAUUAAUUAUACUAGUGGAUCCUAUAUAUGUAGAAUUUAAAACCGAAACCAAACCGGUACUUGAAUAUCUUUAAUAUAAUUUAUAUAUUUAUAAAUAUUAACUAUAUUUAGUUUUUAAAUAAUCAAAUAAUUUAAAAACAAUAUUUACAAAUCAAAUCUAAAUUUUUUUCUGAAAACCCAAAAACAUAUCUGAUAUUUUAUUUGAAACCCGAUAUUUUUAAUUUUUUAAUCCAAAUAAAACAAAAACCGGAGUCGAACUGGAACCUAAUGGGAUUCGCUAUUAUUUCAAAUAUAAGUCGGUUUCCAACUUUGCUACCCAACCGAAUCAAAAACCAAGAUAACCGAACUUUCUAAAUAACCCUAAAGGAUCCUAAACCUAGGAAUCGAACCGGUACUGAGCUAAAAACCGAAUGCUCAUGGCUAAUCACAACAAAUUUAAAGAAGAGAAAAAUAUAUAAAGCUUUAUUCACACGUAACCAGUCCACUGCAGUAAUUUCCUCUCCGGUUGCGAACAAGUUCCAGACUUGAGCUCCAAUUAAAUAAACUGCUACUUUGAGCACAUCGCCUCAAGAACCUAUAGUAUGGAUUGACGUUAAAAUAACGGAGAAGUUUUAAUAUUAUCUUUAUUCCAACACAUAAUUAAGAUCUAAAAAUAAAUACUUGAAUUUUGAUGAACCCGAUAUCUGCUCCACUUUAAACAAUAUGUACAUAAUCUAAGUAUAUCCAGAUUAUGAAUACUAUAGAUACCUCGUUGGAGGAUGUAGCCAGUAGCCGCAGUGCCAAAGACACUAGCGAGGACUCCUGCUGUGUUUAAAAGUCCUAAGAGUACACCCUGGAAGGAUCCACGUCGAACAUAGUUAUUGCAAACAAAUCAUUUUCAACCUUAGAUGUUUGGUAACAAAAGUAAUGGAAUGGAGGAACUACUUUUUAUCUCACAGCGUAGCGUGGGGGGCAAUGCCUUGAUUAUUAGAGUAGAGACCCGACUAGGAGAAUGCUUCAGAGCCCUGCUGGGGACAGCAUGAGUCUUUAUGUCAGAGCUGGACACCACUUUUGACUGGUUCUAAGUGAGACAACUGUCAGACAUUUGCAUUUAAGAUAUGUCCAAUUAUAUAGUUGCAGGUUUGCAAGUCUUAAAAUGGCAUCAGUUUUGAAACACUUCCAAGCUGUAAAAUGCAUGACUCUAUGGCCACUCUGAAUCCUUUUAAUCAUAUGAUGCCGUACCCGACGGCACGUCAUGCAGAGAACCGCCACUGCUGGAGUUUUGACACGGUUCAGCUGAGACAAGAAGAAUAAAGUAGGACCCAGAGAGCCCAUUGAUUGCAUGAUCUGCCACAUUGAAGAGUUUAUCAGCAGAAAGAACUAACAAGUAUACUUUUGAGUAGCCUUGAGACACAUGAUUGACCCCGAGAACAUAUAGGUUUCCUAAAGGCUUAUUUGUUUGUUAAUUGAAAGCAUCAUACAGUAAGUUUAGCCUUAAUCGGUACUUGAGAUAUUAUGAAAAUACAUUUAAUGGUCAGAAAAUACAAUUGUGCAUUUCUUGCUUCUUUCUUUCUGAACGGCAGUAAUAGAAAGACCUCUGCUCAUAGGAGUAUCACCAAUCCAACCUCCAAUAUGAACGAAUAUAGCCAUGGUAAACCAUGGUAACACGCGUGGGAGCCCCGAUGGUAAUAUGUGGGCAUCCAUGUUCAGUGUUGGGCCCUCACCUAAAGCUGGGGAAGCAACUGCUUUAGGCGCCAAACUAGGAUAAAUAUUAAUGGGUGCCACAAUGUAUAAUAUAUAUUCAUGUAUCCCAGUAGUUGUAGAAUGCUUUAUUGCAUGUUAGAUCCUGGGUUUGAAUCUGGAUGGGGGCAAAAAUAUUUUUUGCUUUAGGUAGUAGUUUACACUGGGCUGGCCUGUCCAUGUCAAUUGUAUGAAUGUUCCUAAUAUGGCAGUAGUGGGAUAUUAUGAGAGCCCGUACAGGGGGGUUUAGUCUAGAGAGUGUCAACUUGCAUGGGAUAAUUGUAACAAGUUCAUGUGGUCUGCUACAUCCAAGUAUGAACUUCUUUUCUUCUUCAUUUAGCUGAGGGUCAUCAUUGGGAGAGCUAUAUGCCUGAGAGGAAACAAAAGAAGUGUUUAAACAAGCAUUAUGUUCGAGCUUUUCUAGAUAUUAGAAUCUUGGCUCAUGUCAUAACUGGACUGAAAGUUGCUUAUAAAUCUAGAUAUUGUAUUGGCCUGAAGCUGCUUAAGAUGUUCCCAAAUGUAAAAUACACUAAUAGGUGUGAGCACCAAGCCUGGCUUAAAAAAAUAAUGGGCCCUAUGCAUAUUUUUUUUCUUUCUAACAAUGGUGAGCUAAUUUAAAAAUUGGACCCAUAAUUUUUUAAAAUUUCAAAAUAGAGAGCCUUAAAAUAGUAAAGAAAAUUAAACCAAAGAUGUGGAGCCCUGUGUAUUUGCACUACUAACACACCAUCAGAGGCGGCACUAGUGAGCAUGGUCACAGUCAUGAAUUUCAUCCCAAUACUCUCCUUCAAGUAUCUGCAUAGAAAUACUAGCGAACAUAUCAUGAGGCCGAGUAUCGCAUGGGUCGAUUGGGUCAGGAAGUCAUUGUCGAGUAAAAGUCUUAUGAUCAUUAUCAUGUUAGGAUUAGGUUUUUGGGACUAACCUUGUAGACGGAAUCAUUCGCCUCACUAAAAAAUUGUAUAGUUGCCUAUGCCGCAUUUAAUGUGGCAGGUUCUAAAGAUGGUCCAGGUUGACGCAAGACAAGCGACCGAGGUUGUGAGUGAUGUCCUAGUCAUUUAGGUUUAGUAUUGUAUAUGAUCAACAUUAUUAUAUUUAAACUACAAUGUAUCAAAUCCAUUAUGAUUAAUAAAAUGCGGCCAUAUGGGUUUCUUUCCUUCCGCAUAUUGAUUGAGUAGUUAAAGAAUCUUUGGUUGAGAACCUCACUUGAAUAUUACAUUUAAACAGGAUAAGGAUCUAAAAUAUAACCGACCAGAACUGGAUUGCCUAACGGCUCGAAUUGUUUGAUUCCGCUUCGAACUGCCUUGGUCGGGUCUUACAAUCUGGCCUUUUUGGCGUCAUCUCUUUUAUCGGAUCUAUUUUCGGUAAGGACGUUUGAUGCUCGACCUUUGGGUUUCAAGUCGUAACAUUAUGUGUGAAGCUUCGGCGAGGUUGUGUCGUUCAUUGGUGUCUAACUGAUGGGUUUCUUUGGAUUUCUUGGUAAAGACUAUAGAGCUUUAACUCAAUCACGUUUGGUCUUUGCAUAGUUUGAUUUUCAACCGUUUCUACGUCGGCUGCUCGGGUGGAGAUUCAUUUUCUCGUGGCUUCAAUUAGUUGAAGCUUGUUCUUGAGUGGUGGAUGCUCUUGGUUCCUUGAUGGACCCUGUCUUGGAAUUCUCUUUCACCUAUAAUAAUUUCGACCUUCAAUAUCUUCCUGCUUAUUCUGGCUUCCCUUGCCGUCUUGCUUUGCUUUUUUUAUUGUUAGUUAGUCUGGUCCAGAAAGUCUCUGUAAUCUAGUUUUUUCCUUGUCUUAUGUUAUGUUAGUUGCUUAGUAGAAUUCAUAUAUGUUUGGCUCCGGGGUAGUGUUUAUCUUGCCGGCUGUUGGCUUUGAAAAGGUGGUGUACCUUUGCCGACUUAGCUAUGUACCAAUCGUUUGUAUGUUAACUGUUUUAAUAUAAUCUUUGGAUGUAUGUCAAAAAAAAAUAUAAUCUUUGGAUGACCAUUUUUUUUUACAAACAACCAAAAAUACAACCAGCUAUACAGUCACCCUAUGCAUGUCAAAACAGCAGCAGCCAUGGCGCACCCUUCCUACAGCCAAAACACUCAGCAAUCUAUGUGGAAACAUAAUCGAUGGGGACAAUAAGAAAAAUCACAAAUUUUUGUCAAGGAUAAGGAAAUUUCGGGUUGGCUCUUUCAGGCAUUCUCAAAAAAAAAAAAGUUUCACAAAAUAUUUGUUCAACCAAAAGAAACAACCCACUAUAUAACACAAGCACAUCAUAAAAUGUAAAAACACAUAAUUUUAAAAAUCAAUUCCAUCAACGCAUGAGACUACUCCAAUCCAAGCUUUAUAUCAAUAGCAUGGCCAAAUUGCCAACCAUGGCUAACAAAUUUUCUUGAAAAUAUUGCAACACUAAACACAACCAGCGGCCAACGCAACAAAACUUUAGACACUAUAGUCCACAAAUACGUAAAGGAAAAUACACUUCUAUCAAAUUUAACUACAAACAACAAUUAUAACACAAACGAAAACCUAACUACGAAAUAUACUGUUAGAUGGACUGUUUAAUCCACAAAUACGUAAAGGAAAAUACACUUCUACCGAAUUAAUUAAAAACACCAAAUAUAACACAAACAAAAAAUCAA